GUUUUAAAUCGCGCCAAAUGAAAUUUCAUGGUAAUAAUUUCCCGCCCAAACAACAUCCUAUAAAAUAUUCACCUCUCUACUAACCUCUUUUACAGUUUUUUCUUUACUAUUUUUUUCUCGGCUCACGCAAUCGCCGCAACUCAACCAAAUCCAAAGCCUCCUCACAGCUCAGCUCGCUUAUCCCUUCUCGGCCAUGCCUGCUAUUGCCAAACGGAAGCCUUCUCCUACGUCUACUCCGAUGGAAUUCAUGAACCUCCCGUCGGAGAAGGUCGCCGGUGGCCACUCCACUCCUCAGAAGCGUAAGCUCAGAUCUGAUUCGUCGCCGAUGCGUGCCAGUCCAGUCUCAACCCCCAUGAAAUGGACCUCGCCUCGCCGAUCCGUCAAUGCAAGUCCCAAUAGCCCAUCGUUUGAUGUUGAGAGUACAUUGUGUGAACGCCGUUUGAAGUUGCAGAAACCUGUAGUGAAGAAUUUGUUUAUGGUGAAACCUAAUUGGAACCCCAGAGAUCCUGAGCAAUCUAGGGCGGUAAAGGAGGCAUUGCACGUUUCGACUGCGCCUUCUGUUGUAGUGUGUAGAGAAGAUGAGCAAAAGAGGGUUUUGGAGUUCUGUAAAUCGUGCAUGGAAGAAGAAAAGGCUGGUAGUUUAUAUGUAUGUGGAUGUCCAGGGACUGGAAAAUCGUUGUCUAUGGAGAAAGUAAAGAAGCAAUUAGCUGAAUGGGCACGAGAGACAGGGCUAGAAGAGCCAGAUGUAUUAGCAAUAAAUUGUACCUCUCUUACAAAUACUAGCGAUGUUUUCAAUAAGAUACUGGGUAAAGAUCAUCAACCACAAAAGAAAAGUAGAAACUCUACAUCAGCAUUGCAACUUCUCCAGAAUUCCUACUCUAAGAAACCAAAUUCAGCUGGCAAGAAAAUGAUGUUAAUAAUUGCUGAUGAAUUAGACUAUCUAAUUACUAAGGACAGGGCGGUACUCCAUGAUCUUUUCAUGCUUACUACACUACCAUUCUCGAGAUGUGUACUUAUAGGAAUAGCUAAUGCCAUUGACCUUGCUGAUCGUUUUCUUCCCAGGCUCCAGUCAUUGAAUUGCAAGCCUAUGGUGAUUACCUUUCGAGCGUACUCCAAGGAUCAAAUCAUUAAAAUUCUUCAAGAGCGCCUAAUGGCACUACCUUACACUGUAUUUCAACCACAAGCAUUGGAACUUUGUGCCAGGAAAGUAGCUGCUGCAUCUGGUGAUAUGCGGAAAGCUCUUUGUGUUUGCAGGAGUGCAAUUGAAAUGCUAGACGCAGAGUUAAGAGAAUCUUUCAACCACUUGAAUUCAUCAAGCGAAGAAACAUUCUUUGAGCAGCAGAUAUUACCACAAGCUGACUGUGUUAAAAAGCCAGAAAUUGAUGUCGUAAGGAUUGAUCAUAUGGCUCUUGCUUUAUCAAAGACAUUCAAGUCACCUGUGGUGGACACCAUACAGUCUCUUCCACAACAUCAACAGAUCAUAUUAUGCUCAGCCGUGAAGCUUUUCCGGGGUGGAAAGAAGGAUUCAACAGUCGGGGAGUUGAAUAAAUCUUACACGGACUUCUGCAAAUCAGCAUUAAUUCCAGCCGUGGGGAUUUUUGAACUUUCAAGUAUGUGCAGGGUGCUUAAUGAUCAGGGGCUACUCAAGAUUGGUCAAUCUCGAGAAGAGAAAUUCAAAAGAGUGACUCUAAAAGUAGAUGAAGCAGACAUCGUUUUUGCGUUGCAGGGAAUCCGUUUCUUCCGGAAUAGUCUGCAGUAAAUCCUUCAAAAUAUAUAUAGCUGAUUUUUCUCUUGAUUUGUUGACUUUCAUUUUCGAGUUAUCCCUCUGCUCAAUCAAGCUAAGAGCGUCCUGGAGCUAUAAUGCUGAACGCUGAUAAAUCUGUUUGCGGCAAUGAGUUGAUUCAAUUUCAUAAUUGUUUUACAUUGAAGAAAGAAUAAAAACAUAAAUGGGAAGAAAACCCAAUAUAUGGUAUAGAUUGUUACCAACUUGUAACUUCUUCGCUUACAGGGAUAAAUAAAUCUCAGACAAGUAAACUGUAAUACAUUCUCGUGAUACAGAAAUUAGAAAAUGCAAUUUAUUCCAUGAGAAUUUUUUUAUAAUAUAUAUUUUUUAAUGUUCCCAU